ACAAAUGCUACUCAUAGGGACAACAGAAAAAUCCACUCAUAGUGUUUAGUUGCGGUGGAAUUAUCAGCGUCAGAACGUGUUUAUUUCAGCAGUUCUGUCGUUUACGAACAACGUUCUAGGAAGACUUCUCCGUGUUGUUAUUUGGACCAUGCUGUGGUUUGUCUGGCAGUAUGUGUACACUUGUUUUCUGCGGUUCUGGCUGAAAUGGUUUCUCAGGCAGAUCACGGGCAGGUGUGAGCUGCAGAGGAUUUGUGCCAACUGCAAAGCAGGAGCACCGAGGACAGCAAAGGCAGAGCAUUCACUCAGGUCGUCGAAGAGCACGGUGCUGCGAGGUGCAGUGGAUGUGAAGGAAGAUGCAGUGGAAAACUGUGUGGCUCAAAUCAUGAAGGAAAAGAAUAUUAAAGAACAGAGUGAUCCAGAGUUUAAGGUGCGUCUGCGGCAGUGUCUGAUGCAGAUCAGUGGCUAUAACAGCCUGUAUGUGAGUGUGGAGGAGCUCAGAAAACAAGGAUUUGAUUCUGAGAAUGAAGCACAUGAGCAGAUGCUCCUGAAGCUAUGGAACCUGCUGAUGCCAGCAGUCAAGCUGGAGAGCAGAAUCACCAAACAGUGGGGCGACAUUGGUUUCCAAGGCGACGACCCGAAGACUGACUUCAGAGGAAUGGGCAUGCUAGGCCUGACCAACCUUGUGUUCUUCAGUGAGACGUACACCAGUACAGCACGACGGGUCCUGUCUCACGCCAGCCAUCCCAAACAGGGUUACUCAUACGCCAUCGUGGGGAUAAAUCUGACUGAGAUGGCCUACAGUCUACUGAAGAACGGAGCUCUGAAGUCGCAUUUUUACAACACGGUUCCAGGCAAACCUCAGCUUCAGCAUUUCCAACAACUUUUCUGUUACCUGGUGUACGAGUUUGAUAAGUUCUGGGUGGAGGAGCAGCCUGAGAGUAUCAUGGAGUUCAAUCUGUACAGGGAGAAAUUUCACGACAAAGUGAAGCUGCUUCUGCUGGACCCCAGCAUCACUCUCAUCUUAACAGUGGAGCCUAAAAACUGACUGAAACUUAAAGAGACUGAACGGUUUAAAUGAAAGAGGUUCAUUGUUUAAAUGCGUGCUGAUGAGUCUAAAUGAACACCUCAUGCAUACAGGACGAAUGGACAACACUCUCUCUAAUAGAAUAUUCAUUUUACUCCUGUAUAGUCUGCUUUUUACACACAAAAACAUUAUGGCCUUCAGACAAAGGUUAAGUCUGAAUUAGAUUACGUUCUAAAUUGACAUUUUUCGGUUAAAACGUAGAUCAGGACUAGUCUUAGUCUCUGUCUGGGAGAGACUGGUUUUAAUCUGAAAGACCAUUCCAGAACAUAAAGCAGGUGUGGGCGGGACUAAAUGAAGAGGUAAGGAGGUUUGUAAAGGUCUGAUUGGCUGAUGGGUUGGGGGAUGAGGCAGUACACAGAGCUGACUGAGUAAUUCAAUUCAAACCUUAAUACUUCAGUUAACCGCAGGUAUGUUUAUCAUUUCUUUUUUAAAAAUAUUGUGUUUUGUCAUCUCAGGAAUCGAUAUUUAUACUGUUAUCAUCACCGUGUCCUUAUAUCAGUUAAUUAAGGAAUUGUCACUUUUUCUGUUUUGUAAUUGUCUUGCACAGUACUUGCAUGUGUUAAUGGUUUGUUUGUGCUAAAUCCCCCCACAGACUAAUAAUGGACUUGUUUUCUUUGUUUGUGAUUCUCGGUGAGUCAUUCCUGAUGACAUCCCCUGUUGGCAAUAUUAAGACUGAAAUAGCACAGCAGCGUAUGUUGGUUUGCUACCUGCACUAAAGUGUGUGUGUGUGUGUGUG